AUGUUCUUUCAACAAAAGCUGGUACUUUUAUUGAUACUAAUAGCUUCUUUAAGUAAUUAUUUGGACUGUGAGAUUAAUCCAAAUCCCAGAAAUUAUGGACAAUCAAAAUAUAGAAAAAAUAUUCAUGGUAGUUUACCAAGAUUCACUUAUACAUCAACGAAUCAAAGUUACAGAGAAGGAGCAGCAGUAACAAUUAAUUGUGAAGUUACUGGUGAUCCAUCUCCAUCUGUUUCAUGGGUUUUUAAUGGUAAACAAAUUUUUGACUCAAGAAAACAUCAAAUACAAAAGAGAAACACUCAACUUACUAUUUAUCCAUUUUUGGAUUCUGAUGUUGGAAGAUAUACAUGUAUUGCUAUGAAUCGUUUUGGAAGUAUUUCACAUAGUAUUGAUUUAAAAAUCAUAGUAUCUGUUCCACCAUUCAUUACUGAAGGUCCACAAUCACAAAAAGUUAAACCAUCUGAACGUGUGGUACUUCGUUGUAAAGCAAAAGGUGAACCAAAACCUCGUAUCACAUGGUUUUUUGAGGGUUCAGAAAUUCAAAAUUUAGCAGGACAUUUCCAGGCAUCUCAUGAUGAGACUGAACUUAUUAUUUCUCAUAUAACACGACAAGAUAAUGGUGUUUUUACAUGUAUGGCUGGAAAUGAUGUUGGUGCAAUGACAGCAGAUGCAACAAUAACAGUUGAAUCUCCUACAUUAAGUAGAAUAGACUAUUCAUUAGAUGAUUCUAAACUUUCAGAGAUUGUUAAACAGGCUACUGAAAAUGUUGACAAAGCUAUUGCUGAAACUCAACGUGAUUUAAAAUAUUCUAUGACUAAUCCUCAUUCUCUUAUAAAAUUAUUUAAAUUUGCUGCACCCAGAGCACUUGAAAUUACUAAAGCAAGAGAAGUUUAUGAAGAAUCUUUAAGAUUAAUUGAAAAACAUGUUGAGGAUGGUUUAAGAUUACCAAUACAUGAAUUACCAACAAAUGUUUCAUAUGAAUCAGUAUUAGCAGUUUCUCAUAUUCAAACAUUAAUGGAAUUAUCAGGUUGUAUGAAUGGUCAAUUUAGAGAAACAUGUGAUAAAAAUAUGUGUUUUCACAUGAAAUAUCGUUCAUAUGAUGGACAGUGUAAUAAUUUUGAUAAACCUAUGUGGGGUGUAUCCCAAAUGCCAUUCCUUCGUCUCUUACCUCCAAUAUAUGAGAAUGGUUUCAAUACUCCUGUUGGUUGGGAAAAAGAAAAGUUAUACUUUGGUUUUAAAAAGCCAAAUGCUAGAUUAGUUUCUAAAGAAGUUAUAUCUUCUGAACAAAUCACACCUCAUUUCCGUUACACCUCUUUAUUAAUGCAAUGGGGACAAUUUUUAGAUCACGACAUUACAUUUAAAGCACCUGCUUUGUCAAGAAAAGUUUAUUCUACAGGAGGAAUUUGUAAUAGAACAUGUGAAAAUAUAACUCCAUGUUUUAAUAUAAUAUUACCACCUGGUGAUCCUAAACUUAAAAAUGCUAGAGGUAAAUUUCCAUGUAUGGAAUUUGAUAGAAGUGCUGCUGUUUGUGGUUCCGGUGAAACAUCACCCAUUUUUCAACGUGUAACAUAUAGAGAACAGGUUAAUAUUAUAACAUCUUUUAUUGAUGGGUCAGUUGUAUAUGGAUCAACAGAAGUUGAUGCAAUUAAUUUAAGAGAUUUAUAUAAUGAUCAUGGGCUUUUACGUUUUGAUAUUGUUUCUGGGGCAGAGAAACCAUAUUUACCAUUUGAAAGAGAUAGUGAUAUGGAAUGUAGAAGAAAUGUAUCAGAAGAUAAUCCUAUUCGAUGCUUCUUAGCAGGAGAUUUUAGAGCAAAUGAACAAUUAGGAUUAACUUCUUUACAUACAAUUUUCCUUCGAGAACAUAAUAGAAUUGCUGGAAAAUUUGUCCAAAUUAAUCCUGAUUGGGAUGGUGAAAAAAUUUAUCAAGAAACAAGAAAGAUUAUUGGAGCUAUUAUUCAACAUAUAACUUAUGAAGAUUGGUUACCAAAAGUUUUAGGAAAUGAUGGAAUGAAACAUUAUUUAGGAGAAUAUAAAGGAUAUGAUAAUACUGUUAAUCCAGGUAUAACUAAUGCAUUUGCCACAGCUGCCUUUAGAUUUGGACAUACAUUAAUUAAUCCAAAAUUAAUGAGACUUGAUGAAAAUUUUAAACCUAUUCCCCAAGGACAUAUUUCACUUCAUGAGGCAAUAUUUGCACCUGAAAGACUUUUAUCUGAAGGUGGAAUUGAUCCAAUUAUUAGAGGUCUUUUUGCUACACCAAUGAAACUUCCAAGAUCUGACCAAAUAUUAAAUAAAGAACUUACUGAAUUAUUAUUCCAUAAAGAAUCUGAAGUUCCAUUAGAUUUAGCUGCCAUGAAUAUACAAAGAGGUAGAGAUCAUGCUCUUCCUGGUUAUAUUGAAUAUAGACGUUUCUGUAAUUUGUCAGUUCCAAAUACUUUUGAAGAUAUGAUAUCAUAUGUCACUGAUCGAAAAGUUUUACCAAAAUUAAAAGAACUUUAUGGUCAUCCAGGAAAUGUUGAUCUUUGGGUUGGUGGUGUUAUAGAAAAAAAACUUCCGGAUGCCUUAGUAGGUCCAACAUUUUCAUGUAUUAUUGGAGAACAAUUUAAAAGAUUAAGAGAUGGUGAUCGUUUCUUUUAUUUAAAUGAUGGAGUUUUUUCACAAUUACAAAUUAAUGAAAUAAAAAAAUAUACAAUUUCUAAAAUUAUUUGUAAUAAUGGUGAUAAAAUUGAUAGAAUUCAAAGAGAUUCAUUUGUACAUGUUGGUGAGAAAAAAUCAUCCUACCAAAGAUGUGAAGAACUUCCAGAUUUAAAUAUUCAUAUGUGGAGUAGUUGUUGUGAUGGAACAUGUAGCAACAACAUUGAUUCUUCUAAUUUAAAAAGAAAAAAACGAAAUGAGCAUAUGUAUGGAGGAAGAAAUUAA